GAUCCAGUGGUAGAAGAAGUUGGCUGCAAUCGCCGCGAAUAUGAGGACAAAACACGUCCCCAUACUUUUGCCUAAAGGCUCUGAGCUUAGUCUUCAGAAACGUAUCCGUGAUGGCUGAGGAGUCUGUCGUCGAAAACACGGGCAAUGCCCAGGAGAGAAAAGCCGUCCGUCUACCGUUUAGGAAAUUAUCAUACACGGACAAAGUCGGAUACUUCAAGUACCGACAGGCACCAUUGAUGGUAUCGACAGAGGCAUUGAUCUCCUCACAUUGUGAACACUUUUCGAUCGUGACACUCCGCCAGUCCUCGGCUUUCGGCAAGUCCUUCAUUGCCGCAGCAAUCUUUAGCCACAUGGAAGACAGCGAUAUCUUCAUGUGA